AUGGAACGGUUAGUAGGAGAAUCUCGUAUUAGUCCCGAACGAACUGCGGAAAUAGCAACAAAAACACAAGAGGCCAUUCAAUCAUUUCUUGAUAUGGCACAAAAACUGCAUUACGCUUCUAAAGUGGUCGGGGAACUGCAUACUCUUUUGCCAUCUGAGAUGUGUAUAACAUUGCCAUCCGAAUUGCACGAUACUCUCCAGCAUAAAGAUUUAAAUCGUGAAGAAAAUAAUCCAAUUAUUAUUUCAACUCCUUUGAAUUCACCGAUGAACAAUUCCUCGAAAAUUAAGCCUUCUAAUAUUGUGAUGUCUGGAAUAGAAAAGCAAGUGCAAAUUAAUAUUGAUGCAAUGGACAAUGAUCUGAUUCAAAAUGAAGCUAUGAGUGAGGUUGAAGAUUACGACACUUUUCGGCCGUUGCCUCCGACGCAGUCUUCUCUUUCAAUUACGCAACAAGUGAUUCAAUUCACAUUUUCGAAAAAACGUAGAGAAUUAAAUCAAAAAGAAAAAAUUUUUCAUAAUUCUUAUCCAAACUUCGAAGAAUUGAAGAAGAAUGCUUUAAGACGACCUAAAACUCCAGUACAAGCUAGACCUAAAAUCAGAAAGAAUAUUAUGCAUUUUAAUGCAGAAAUACUUCCCAUAAAUUCCCAAACAUCAAGCUCAACUUUUCAAACUUCAUCAGAAUCCGAAGUCUCAGUACCUGUGCACACUUCUCAAAAUUUGGCGAACUUGACCAUCACAACAGAAAGUUCGUUUCCCAAUCCUACCAAUGGUGUUAAGAUAAAAAAUCCUAUAAAAAGCAAAAACUCGAAAACACGGAUUUCCCAUUUUACAGCGGAAGAAACUGCCUUAUUAGACGAAUUCAAUCGAUAUUUGGAGCCACGUCUUGCAAACGGCGAUACUCAAACAGAAAUUGUUGGCGAGAUUCUUAAAAGAUACGGUUAUUCUUGUAGAAUAUCACAAGCUAAUAUCUCGUUAAUGGCAAGGCGGAUUGCAAUCCCAAAGGAUGAAAAAACAAUUGCAGCCAUUCGAAAUUGGAUUGCAAUUGAAAAGCAAUCCUAA